CACAAUCAAAUCUCAUAAUCACGUAGUUUCAUAAUAAAUACCCUUUCUCUAACUCUACUUUUCAAUAGUUAAAAAAAGGACCACAGAACAAUGGGAAAAUUCACUUUCAUCUUCCUUCUUUUUACCUUCUUCUCGUCACAUUUUGUUGCUUCAAGCCUUGGAAAGAAGCAAAGUGAUGUUCUUGGCCAAUUUUACAAGGCCAAGCAAAAGAAGUUUUCAUCCAUUAGUAAAAGUUAUUUUAAGGCAGCCCUUGAAAAUGUAGAAUUAGACAAAGUUAUUCUUCCUCAGGAUGGACUUAAAGAAAAAGAUUGGAUAAAUAAAUUGCCUGGACAACCACCAGUGAAGUUUCAACAAUAUGGUGGAUAUGUCACCGUUAAUGAAUCUGCUGGUCGUGCUUUGUAUUAUUACUUUACUGAAGCCGAGAAUUCCAAGUCACUACCUUUGCUGCUUUGGUUGAAUGGAGGUCCUGGUUGUUCGUCUAUUGCAUAUGGGGCCAUGGAGGAACUUGGACCAUUUAGAGUUAACAUUGAUGGCAAAACAUUACACAGGAAUCAUUAUGCGUGGAAUGUUGCUGCUAAUGUGUUGUUCCUGGAGUCUCCUGCUGGAGUAGGAUUUUCAUAUACAAAUAUGAGCCGUGACCUCAAUACAACUGGUGAUAGGAGAACUGCUAAUGAUAAUGUUGUAUUUUUACUCAAUUGGCUCGAGAGAUUUCCGGAGUACAUGAAUAGAGAUUUUUACAUUUCUGGUGAGAGCUAUGCUGGACAUUAUGUACCUCAGUUGGCACAUGCAAUUCUUCACCACAAUAAGUUAGCCAACAGGACUCUCAUCAAUCUUAAAGGAAUAAUUAUUGGGAAUGCAGUGAUCAAUGAUGACACAGACACCAUAGGAAAUUAUGAAUUCUUUGCAUCUCAUGCCCUAAUUUCAGAUCAGACAUACCUUGACAUCAAAAAAUAUUGUUAUGAAGAUAACUACAACGAGAACAAGUGCAAUGAGGCAGCUGAAAUUACCAACAACAAUCUCAAGAAUCUUGACAUCUACAACAUUUAUUCUCCCCUCUGCAAGGAUGAAAAUCUCACGAAAUACCCAAAAAUUCUGUCACCAUAUCAGUUUGACCCCUGCUCGGGCAACUACAUCAAUGCUUACUUGAACAGACGGGAUGUUCAAGAUGCACUCCAUGCCAAUGUUACCAACAUCAAAUAUGAGUGGACAUCUUGCAGCGAUUCACUCUUUUACAAUUGGAAAGACAGCCCUAAGACUAUAAUUCCUCUCCUCAAGGAGUCUUUGGCAAAUGGCAUUCGAGUGUGGAUUUUUAGUGGUGAUACAGAUGGAAGGGUGACUGUAACUUCUACAAAGAGAUCUAUACAAGCAAUGAACCUCACAGUUGACAAUCCUUGGCGCUCUUGGUUAUAUGGAGGAGAGGUUGGAGGAUAUGUUGAGACAUAUAAAGGAGGUCUAACAUUUGCAACAGUAAGAGGGGCAGGACAUGAAGUUCCAAGUUUCCAACCCGCUAGAGCCCUUUCCCUUAUUUCUCACUUCCUCUCUGGCACACUACCUCCUGGAGACCGAUCAUCAGUCUAGCACAUUCUUUAUUUGUGUAAUUAAGAAUCAUUUUAUGAGCUUUCUUAUACAAAGUUUAAUAUAGCAUAACAUUAUCGGUUACUUGAGCUGGUUUAUGACA